GCAAUGUCAACUGUAACAUUAAUCCUUGUUUUAAAUCAUAGUAUCUCAAAUAGCAGCUGGUACUAGUUGUACAGUUCUCUUUCAGUUUACAUCAGAGAGCCCAAUGGAGUCUUUUGAAGGACCCAGUCAGGUUAACAGGGCUAACUUAUUACAAGUCCCCACUGGAAAUGAUUUCACUUCAGAGGAUGAAGAUGUUAACACUGACAUUAAACUUCGUUACUCCCCACGUCCCCGAAGACGGAAUUCUUCAGCUUCAGAGGAAGAGGAGGCAGAUACUCCCACCAACAUCUCAAGAAAAGUUUCAUUUGCUGAUGCCUUUGGGUUUGAUCUUGUGUCUGUUAAGGAGUUCAACAUCUGGGAAUUUCCUAAUACAGGAGAAGAAAAUUAUACAGAAGAUGAAGUUUUCCCUCAGGAUGAAUAUUUUUUCUCCCCACAGUUUACAUUGCCUGCUUCUCAAGAAGAACUUUUACAAAAAGUGCGAGAGCAAAAAGUAAUGUUGGAGUCAGCCCUGCUCCUGCCUGGGGUUACCUGUAUGAGCGGCAUCGUGCGAGUCCUCAAUGUAUCCUUUGAAAAACAGGUCUAUGUUCGAAUGACACUGGAUAACUGGCUCAGUUAUUAUGACAUCCUGGCAGAGUUCAUGCCCAAUUCUUGUGGUGGUGAAACGGAUCAGUUUUGCUUUAAGAUUUCUUUGGCGCCUCCUUUCCAGAAAGAUGGAAUUAAGGUGGAAUUCUGUAUACGCUACGAGACAUCGGUUGGUACCUUCUGGGCAAACAAUGAUGACAAAAAUUACACACUAAUCUGUCACAAGAAAGAAACUGUGCCCAAGGUGGAUAAUAAACCCCAGAAAGAGGUUACAGAUAGGUGUCUUAAAGGCUGCUUAAAGACAACACAAAGCAGAAAAGAAGAAAUAUUGGCAACGUCUGAUGAUGGCACAUGGAAUAACUCAAGGACUUCAGACACAAACAUCCCAGAGAUUGUUUAUUCACAAGCAGAAGACAAAGACACCAAGCUAGCUAAUGAAAAUAUAAAAGAGAAAAAUGCAGAAUACAACCAGGGUGAUCACAAAGAUGAUGAAAAAGAAUUAGAGUUGCUGUUAAAUCAGCACUUCACAGGAGCUAGAGGUACCUCUUCCAGAGAUGAAAGGAAUUUAUAUACAACAGAACCAAUUAAUUUUCCAAGUGAAACUGAAGGAUUGGUGAAAAAGCUAACGUGUAUAGAAAGAAGCAGUGACUUGCACCCUGUGUCUAUCAGUUCCUCAUCUGAAAACACUUCACAUGCAAUAGGAGAAGAAUUAAAAGAUAAAGCUAAGUAUUCCGUAAAAGAUUAUAAUAAUCAGCUACCAGGGAAGGAAGUCACUGCUGGCUCAGUAAACAGCUAUGAGUGGUCUUUGGAACAUACUGGCACCAGUGAAAGCCUUUUAUCAGCAAAACACUUUCCUCUGACAAAGCAGGAUGAGGCUUUCAAUACUAUGGCCACGGGCUCAAGCCGACAAGGAGAGAGGCACACAGAUAUUUCAAAAGGUGAAAUAGAUAGUGCCUCGGGAAGUAAGAUGAUGGAGAGGCUAUUCACCAGUGAGCAUGCUGCUGGUACCUCAAAAGGGGCCUGUGAAACAAGACCAGAAACCAUUUUACCAGAGCAUGAUGAAUCCAUGCAAUUAAAGGCAUGCACAGCAAGGACGCUGGAUGGCAAUGCUAAUCCAGCUCUGGAGCACCAGGCACCACAAAUGUCUCUCCAAACUUUGGAUUCAUUGUUGUCAGAUGCUGACAAAAAUGAAGGAAAAAUCAAGAUGAUUGAAAGCAAAGUUCAGGUACAUUUAAGAGGAGAUUUAUGUGCCGGCACUUUUGCACAUGCUGGUGUCUCAACAGAUUCAACACAGAGAAAAGGAGUUGGUGAAAUGUCAGAAAAGAACACUGAUUUAGGGAAGCAGAUGAAAGUCAUUGAAGUAGCAGACUUGGCAUCAAUUGGUGAGGAGGAAGCUUCCAAGCUUUUCAAGUCCCACAGGAAACACAGUGCCAAAGCCCUGAACCCAGCUGAGAGCAGCAAGCAGGCACCCAGGGCCACCGGGGUGGGUGAAAGGCAGCCUGAGGACACCCAGGAACACAGCGGAUUCAGAAGGGUGAAAGGCAGACAGAAGACAGACAACACAGCCUUUGCAGAGCAGAGGUGGCAAGAAACAGGGAGUGAGGUUCAGUGGAGAGUGAGCGGGAGCAUGGAACCUCAGACUGGGACCUCCACAAAGGAGUUGUUUACCUGCCAGGAGGCAGAGAGUUGUGAAAAGACUUCUGUCUCUGAGCAGGGUAUUACAGAGAAAGCAGAGGAAGGUACAGCUUAUAUAAUUAAAACAACAUCAGAAAGUGCUCCAGAAAAAAUGCCUGGCAGUGAAAAAGCAGUAAUUGCUAAGCUACCUCGAGAGACUGCACUAAGUGACAGGCCCACAGAGGAAAAGGAAACAGCGUUUGAUACACAUGAAGGGAGAAAUGAUGGUUCACAUUAUGCUCUUUGUCAACUCAACACAGUGGGUGUAUUAUGUGACACUGGAUUUGAAAAGGAAUCAGUUUUAGGUAUUUAUAAUGCAUGCGUACAUGAAACACUGCAAGGGGAAACGAAGUCUGUGUGCAGUAGCAGAGAAAAAUGUGCCAAAGCACAAGCAGACAAUAUUCUACCUGCAGGAGAAGCAGUAAAGACUUCUGCUACGGGAAAUUUGCAGGAGGGUCUAUGUUCAGAAGUACCUAAAAGUCCCCUGGGCACUCAGAAGCAUCUAUACCAUGAGCAAGCAGAAAAGCUCUACAGGGAAGAAAGCCACGGUGAUACACUUUCCUGUUUAUGUUCUAAAGCUGAAACAAAAAUGCCACCUUCUGGUACAAAUACUGUGCCUAGCUACCAUUAUAAAAGCUCUUCAGUGGCAUCUUCAGAAGGGCCCACUGUGGAACGAGGCACGGAGCACCUGUACAGAUACCUGGAAUCCAAAGUCAUUGACAAGGCUGCUGCUGAGUCAGGGUACAGUUUAAAUCUAAAACAUGACAUUUCUGGAGAAGAAAGAGGAAGGAAUGUAGGUCAACUUUUCCAUCAAGCAGAGCUCCAAAAAGAGAAGUCGUGGAGGCCAGAGGUUUUAAUUAGUAAGUCUACCAAAGAAAAUGGAGGAACAGACUCUCAAGCUGAACAUUUAAUAACUGAGGAGAAAACAAGAAACUGGCUUGAGGACUCGCAGAAAGAAAGCCAACAUGCUUCUGAUUCUGCAGAUAUUUCUAACCAGAAGAGUGAAGCACUUAAGUUACCCAGUGAGUCUCUAGGUUUGAAACAUACUGCUUUCAAAAUAUUUUAUUUCUUCUUGUUUCUUCUAUUUGCUGCAACACUCUAUCAUUAUGAUUUGAUGGUCUGCCUUGCACUCUACCUGUUCUCCUUGUAUUGGCUAUACCAUGAAGGAAGAAGAAACAAGGAGUCUAUCAAGAAGGAAUAACAUUGACUGUCAACUGUGCUCAGGAUCCAUGGUCAAUAAUCUUCAAUUCCACCAAAGCAUUUUCACUGUUAAAGUGUUUAUUCUUUGUUAGAACCAAAGCAAGAUUUUCACAGCAGAAUCUUUUAUUAAGAGAUUGCAUAUGAAGUUGAGCCUUCAUAUAAGUAAUUAAACUAUGCAGGACCAUUAUAUUUGGAUCAUUAAAUACCUAUAUGAGUUCUGAACCACGUCAAGUUAAAAUGAAGUACAGCUGUUGCUUCUUGGCAGGAUGUGAAAAGCAAUGCUUCAUGUCUCUGUAGUACUUAAACCCACCCAUUUACUUACUUUAAUUUCUUUUACAUUAAAGCUUCAUAUUUUUCUGGGAAUUUUUUUCCUAAGAUUCCGUGUGGUACAUAACAACACAAGGUACAGUAUAAAACCUAAGUCAGUAUUUUGGUGCUGACAUUGCAGUAGAUAAUCUGCUAGUGUAAUUAGCCAAUGCUCUAAGCAAUGCAUUUGGUUGAUAGUUUAAUACAUUUUUCCAAACUUUUAUUUCAUUAUUUUGACUUAGAGCUUCAGCAGUAUCCCUGCUUGAAAAAUGUAAGGCUUUGACUUCAGUAGCAUUAUGUAACUUCCAGGAUGUAACUGCAUAGCAGUUCACAGAUGUGCUGUUUCCACCCUGUAGAUUGAAGGUCACAGCCACAGGCCUCUUACUGAUCACUCAAUGCUCAAAAGGUUUUGGGUUUCACCAAUGAGGACUGAGUAACAUGACUGAGAAUUUCACUGAGUAACGUGACUGAGAAUUUCAUGUAUUCUGGGCAAAACUCUUGAGUGACAUUUUUUGCCAGAAUUGCUUGAGCAUAUCUACAAAGCAUUAAAUAAAUUUUACAAAGGAAUACUACAACUGUGUGGAGCAUGUCUGAAUUAGAUUUACUGCUUUUUUUUCUUGUGGCUUGCGACCUAGAGCUAAUCCAACACCUAGAGAAAACCCUGGGCACGACCCUGCUGUUCAGCAAGGCUGCUUUGUCUGAUUUGGGUGAGGCAGAAAAAAACAGUAUCUGCCCUAAGGAGAGCCCAAAGUGACCCUAUGCAGCAAUUUUGUGGGCAGACACACGGGUAACUUUGCUGCUCCAACACUGCUGGUGUCUCCCACACACGAUCAAGAACAAAUUUUGUCCAGAAGGAAAAGAAUGGACAGGUUAUGAUGCUCUUCAGCUAUUUCCCAGAGGAUGGUCACAGAUGCUAUCACAGGUAGGAUAUUAAAAGAAGAACUAAGGCUGCAUAAUAUGGCUAAGGCCAUAGAAAUUAAGAAGCAAAAGGAGUUGUUUUAAAAAUCUGUUUGUUUCACUUUCCUUACUGCCACUUUGCAAUACCAUAACUAUGAAAGUCUUGGUUGCAAUUUAUGGUUGAAGCUAUGUAAUAGCAAAAUUAUUUAGUUGUUAGCUUAGCUCUGAAAAAAAAGUUUUAAAGUCCAUGUAAAAUUUAUUCACAUGUUUCAGGAUGACAGGACACUCUGCUACAGGAGGCACCUUGGCGUUCCUGUUCUGCAGGGGGGUAAAACUUUGAGACAUUUUCAUUCAGUGAGGUGAGCAAGUAUGUGUGUGAUCUACUGUUAUUUGUUUUGAUGGCUGGGUACCUUGACAGCUUUUGACAGCAAUCCAUGAAUGAGUUAUAGCAAUGGACUUAGGCAUUAAGGGGCUACACUGAAGGCUGUGUCCAGAUGUUCAAAGGUAUAUAUGAGGAAAAUAUCCAUUGAGAUAAAAAAAUUAAUUCCUUAUGCAUUAGGAGAUGAAUCCAAUAAAAAGCUUAGGCUUAGAUUAAAGCAGGAUUGAAGUUAAAUCAGUGUAAGUCCAAAGUAAUGAUUGCAGACCUUCCUUUAUCUGGAGACAAGAAGUGCUGAAAGAACCUCUCCUUUUCAUGAUGUUUAUACAAACUUCUCCAAAAGGCACAACACUGCCUUACUUCUGGUAGUUCACUUCAUGCAGUGUGACAGGUCCCUGGUCUAAGUGGAUCAGAUUUCCAGCUUCACUGGGAUAGAGACAUCAGGUGUUGCUUUCCUUCCCUGUACAGUGGAAGCUCUGAAAUAACAUCUAAUACAUUCUGACAGAAUCAAGUUCCUCAGAUAGAGGGAUAAGAAGUGAAGAAAGCAUCCUGCACCUGUCCUGCUCACAAUGCAGUCAAGUGCCAGAUUCCUCAAGUGAGAGAAAUCAAAGACAUUGGACACAUUUCAAUCUUACAGUUAAAACAACCAUGGCAGAAAUUAUAAUCUUUGGAUUCAGUUAGCUGUUGAAAGCCCCUACAAUCUAAUUUACCAUACAGCUCUUUAAAGCAAAAUUCAUAAACUUCAGAGCAAGGACCAAAGUCCAGGUUCCUGACCAGUCAGGUUAAAGCUUCACACAAUAAGUCACAGGAUUCAAACUCAUGUUUGAAUAUAUUCAGCUUUACCUAAACCUGGGCCUCUCAUCCAGCAGAAUGUACUUUACCCAUUGGAGGAGUAUUAUUGUGAGGAGGACUGUGGUCACCAGGGUUUGGCAGUACCACUGUACAUAGAUGGGUUCCUGCUUUCUCAGCUGACUUAAACUGAAAAUGGUUCUCUGCAUGAAACAAUAGAUACUUUUUUUUUUUUUUUUCAUUAAAGUCUAUAGACUUAUUUGAUACUCCCAUCACAGAAGAGUUUUCCCAGAACUUGUAAUGUCCAUUUUUAAGAGAGGCCUUAAUCUGGCACAGCCUAAAUCCCUAAGCACCUGAGAUAGCUAAAGAACUUUACAUGUCUUGGACACAUGCCUUAUUUUAAGCAUAGCUGAACAGUUCAGUCACCAUGGAAGUAGAAAAGCGUAGUUGUGUAUUUUUAUUGAAUCUUUGGGAUUGUAAGCAGUGUGCAUUUUAAGGAUCCUUUUGCUCCUUCACAUUGAAGUAUAGACAGCCUUGAACCAUAGUAGAACCAUACAUUUGUGUGGUAGCUGUCUGUAUGUAAUCUGCAAAGUGAAAACCUUGUUUCUCAUGCAUUUCAGCCCAAAAUAUUUGGUUCAUUGUCAAGGGCUCAGCUCAGCUGACUGGAGAGCAAGAAAAGGAGUAAGGGAUGAUUGAUGGGCCCAGGACUAUGGGUGGAGGAAAGUCAAUGAACUGAAUCAGUCUCUGGACAAUGGCAGAAAAAUGUUACAGAGAGCUCAGGAGAGUCAAUAUGACCUGAAAAAAACAAAGAAACAAAGAAACAAACAAAUAAAAAAAUCAAAUCAAAUCAAAACAAAACAAAACAAAACAAAAAAACCAACAAAAAACCAAACACCAAAAAACCCUCCCCCCCAAAAAAGCAAACAAUCAAAAAAACCAACCAAACCCCACCCCCCCCCCCCCCAAAAAAAAAGAAAAAGAAAAAACAAAAACAAAAACAAAAAGCCAACCAAACAAGGGAUAAACAGAGAGGAUCUAUUAAUACAGACGUUCAUUAAAAAUUACUGGGCUUUUAAUAUGUGUCAAAAUAAAUCUUUAAAAAUUCCUAAAUAUCAGCUAACAUUUAGCUCAAUUACUUCAAUUUCUACAGAAAGUGUGCCUGGAAUAGCUGUAUUCCUUUAUCCAACAGGUUAAACACCUGGGUUUUCCAUUUUAACAUGUACAGUCAUUCAGAGUUGGAAUUUAGGGUAAAUAUUUGAGUGUUAGAAUAAGCAUAUUUCACCUACACACAAGUGGAAUACUGUUAGCAUUUCUCAGAUUUGGACUGGGAUUUUAUGUUUUAUAUUUAAAAUAUUUAAUCAGCAUAUCAUACCUUAUGAUUGCAAAACAGGACUCUAGACUGAUCUGUGAGCACAGGUGCCCGAACUUUAAAGUAUGUAUGUGCUUAAAACAACAAAGCAAGUAAUUUUAUCUUUUUUUUAUUUAUCAUUUGAUAAGCUAUCUUUUACAAAUCCUCUUACUUUUGUUUCUAGUAUGGAAGAAACACCUUUAUAACAUUGGCAAAAUACUGGGUUUUACUUACUUCAGGGAAUAAGGGGUGUGUUGUGCUCUUGCAAUGAUUCAUAUUUAGCUUGCCUACAAGGCAGCAGUAACAUAUUUCUAGUUUAUGCUUUAAUUUCUAGAUUCCAGUUAUUUCUUCAAGCUAUAGCAGAAAGAAGGUGCAAUCCUAGAUGGUAGGGUAAUCCUGUGGUCACAUAGGGUUGGACUCUGAUGCAAUAUAGUGAUCAAAAAUAAUAUAAUCAAAAAAUACUUGCACUAAUGCAAGGUAGAUGAGGUGUAUCUACAUUCCAUAUCAUGGGAGGUAUGUCCCAUGACCAUUAUCCAAAUUGUAUAUAUAACAAAUAAAUUAAUUUUCAUAUUGUGACAUGUCUAAUCUGUUGAAUUGGCUUAAAUAUAAAUUCAGGGCAGAAGAGAGAGGAGUGAGAAGAAUUUUUGCAUUCAGAUAUCUUGCUAGGAGGUAGUCAGAACAAGCUACAUCAUUAAUGACCUAAGUACUUGUUGUUGCUAAUUGCUUGCUGGUUCUCAUCCAUCAGUGACUCUUGGCUCAACAGAGGAUAGGCUCUAAAACAAGCUACAGCCUUUAAAGGCCUAGUUAAUAUUGGAAAUGAAAAAAUAAAGAGGACAGAGUAUGAACUAGAUCCCUAAAGGAAGGUUAAUAUGAUAAUGUUCUGAGCCACUAUACUAAAUUUUAUAUGCCCAGUGGUAUCUACACCCCUGAAUAAAACACUUAAACUCUCUAGUCAUUGAGCACAUGAAUGAGAAUCAAAACAGACAAUGUGUUCAAUAUGGAACUGCCAAAACUUUCUAAUAAAAAUCCCUGAUGACAGUGAGGUCUUACACCCUUGCCCUGCCAGUGGGAUUUAGUUACUGCUGGGUGGCAGGAACAUGCUUAUUUCAGUUCCAUAUUCUGCAGCCCUCUUGUGCACUGAGGUACCUAAACAGCUGCCUUCAGAAACAGGACACUUUGCAGAAAACAAACCCAGAGUUUUGGGACUGGAUAAAGUUUAACUCCUUAAGCCUAAGAUUGGAGGGAUAUUUGGAUAUAAACUGUUCCAAGGAUAACUCGUGCAUUUCAUGUGAAAUUCUAUUUAGAUAAAAUACAAAACCAAUACCAAGACCUUUACAUCUCCUCAGUAACAUCUACUUCUUCCUUAGACUAUAAAUUUACUUUUCCAGGCCUACUACAGUGCCUCAUGAACCAGGACUGGAGAAUUGUUCUGGCCAUGAACUGAACUUCUCUCUUAGAUCUACAAAGGUGCUAAAACCCCAGCACAGUUCCACUUCAGGCAGUCAUGUCCUUUUGUGACUCCCAGCUGAGCUUUCUAAGACUUGCAGCUCUUCUGAGAGCACUGUCUGCAAAGGAGACCCUAGAGCUAUAUGGAUAAUGGCAGCACUCAGGAUGUUUUUCUGAUCUAGGAGGUCUUGAUGCUGCUGAGGGUUCAGAAUUUUGGUAGGUGUCAGGGGAGAAUUUUUUGACCAAAACUACACAUGCCUGAGUGAGAAGAGUAUUUGUCAAAAACAUGGGGAGAUUGAAGGGAACAGAUAAUUUCUGCACUCAGAGUAGGCAUGAACUAGGUGAGCUGAGAUAUUUAACAAGUGUGAUAUGUGUGAUUUGGUGGUACAUAUGAGAUAUGUGUCUAUGGGUGGCUCUGGGAAAGGAAUGAAAAGGUGAGAACUAGAUUUCAUAGAAGAAUGGAAAAGAAAUAGUAAACAGAAUCUCUAAUUGGAAAGUUUCUGAGCAGCUUUCUCCAGAGACGUGAAAGUUUAAUAAGUUCUGAGUAGGUUGGACAGAUAACACAAAUACGGCAUUAGCUAUAUAAAGUAUAAAAAUUGAAAUACAUGCUAACUUCUUUUUGUAACUUAUCAACUGCUGCUUAAUGGAAUUAUAGUGGAGAAUAUCUUGCCCUUGACCUUACUAUUCAAUGAUUCCAGAUUAGAGCAUUGCUCUGAGGAAACACAGCCUCCUUCUCAGGAUGUUACAGCCCUCCGGGGGGCACAGCCUCAGGCUGGAGCCACAGACCUGCCUCUUGGCUCUUAAUGCAGGUCAGUCCCCAAGGACAUGAAGCUGUGUGUGUCAGGAGAAAACAAGAGUGUCAGCCUGUGCUUAUUAGUGCAGAAAACAAAACUGCCUGUAAAUAGUUAAGCUCCCACAACCCCUGUGUUGUCUGGUAUGGCUCAGAGCCCUGUAGGAGCUUCUUUGAUUUUCCAGCAGUACGCACGGCUGCAGGAGGACAUUUAGAUUCCUAAGGACCACAGGGCAUGAGCAUGUCUUGUAUACAUGUGAUGACAGGGAGAUCACAGAGCACACAGGCUCAUUUAAGCCACUACACUGCAGUAUCUAUGUGGAAAUUUCUGAACCUCUCUACCAGUGAUCUUUCUGGGGCUGCCAGCUGCUUGUGCUCCUGGCACUACCUUCUCCAGUGGAGGACAGAAGGCAGCUCCAUACUGCAAAUUUCCCAGUGUCUCUAAAGGGACAAUGAGAACUGCUGAGGAAAAGGCAAAAAGCUACCUUAUUAAGUCCACUUUAUUAGUGAGGAAUCCCUUCUACUUUUAGGGCAACCACGGACAAUUAGGAGUGGCCUGAACUCUAAAGACAAAAAACAAUGACUGGCUUGGGGGAAAGUCUGGAUAAAGCUCCUCAGAAACUCCUUAUUUAUUCAUACAAACUACUUGCCUGUCUGUGCCUCUGUGCUAUGAAUGAGCCAAGAUACAUGACUGAUAAAGGACAAGAGCAGGAAGCCUCUUGUGUAGGUUUCAUACCUCCUUGGAUGGUCUAGGCUGUUGAAUGGCUUGGGACAGCCAGACACACUAAGCAAAGCCUAUGGGAAAUGCCUCAGCAGUCACAAGGGUUCUUGGCUUGUACCCAUCUUAAUUUCAUGUUUUGGGUGGCAGAAGUCAGGCUUUUAUAAGAGUUUUAUAAUUGUAGGUGUGAAAGAGAAAUACUGCUUGAUAAGCUACUGGUUUAUCAAGCAAUUUUAUAGAACUGAAUUUUGUGAUGUAGAGUUAGUGUCCAAUCCCUCUAUAUAACACAGCAUUUUUGUAGAAUUACAGCAGAAUUACUAAUAAAACUUAUAGGAUAAAAGAAAGAAUGGAAGAUAAAAAUAGCUGGAAAAGAGAGGGAGAAAGCAAGAAAGCAAGUAAGCAGGCAUGUGCCUGCACUGUUCCAUUGUAGUCAAGAGAUUUAUAAAUGGGAAAAUUAUCUUUUUCUAAGUUCAGGUUGAGUUUUUGAUCACCACUCUUCUUCAAGCCAUGCUGCACUCCAGUAAGGGGCACAAACAGAGAUAAGUAUUUUUAUUUGCCCUCUUUGGAUAUUAGUAACAAAAAGGCCAGGGAGCAGAGGCAAUGCCUCUGUUAACCUUGCAGGUGAGGUGGGCAGGCUGCUGUAAAGGCAGUGUUUGGAUGGUGUGGCUGGGAUGUGCUCUCAGUCUGCUUUGCUGGGAUUUGGCUCUGUGCAUUUAAAAUACACCCACUUGUGGCCAUUAGCAACCACUUAAGCUGCCUGUGUCCUUGCCUUCAAUCUUUUGCUAGUCUGCAUGGGGAACUGCAUGUACAGAAUUCACUGUGUUAUUCAUCACAUGGUAUAUCAUUUGGUAUAAGGAAAUGUUUAAAUAAGCUUUUAUGAUCCUGAAAUUUAUCAAACAUUGGAAGACAUACAGUGCAAGAAAUUCAACACUAUCAACUGCAGUUGUGACCUUUUAGAUAAACUGAUCUGAACAGACUGACACCUGUAACUGUACAUCAUCCUUUAAAGUAGACAUAUCAUGUGAGAAGCAAACACAGUGUUUUUAUAAAGUCUGAUACUGCAUAAGGCAACAGCAUGGCUUGCCAUGUACUUUCCCUUUAAUUCUGCAAAAGCCAAGAAUUUAUACAUUCAAUAAACAUUGAUUAUAAAUUAGAUUAAUGACAACUGUAAUCUCAUUAAUUAUGUUUUUAAUAAACCAAU